CGCGCUCCCGCAGGGGAGCGGAGUCUCAAAGGCGGCGCCGCAGGGGGCGGGCGGACAGCCGGACAGACCAAACGCCUUGAGCCGCUGUUUUCUCCCGGACACCAGCGCUGAGGACACAAUGUCCGGGCUCUCUCGUCCGCUGCUUUGGGCCGCCACCUGCUUGGCCGCGCUCUGCGUGCUGUCUGCGGGCCAGACCAGCCUGGCCCCGAACGUGACUACACUCACGCCUCUAGCGCCCACCACCAAGAUAGCCCCGACGCCGGCGACCUCCGUCCCGCCGGCCACCUCUCCAGCACCAGAAACCUGUGAAAGUCACAACAGCUGCAUGUCCUGUCUUAAUGGUAGUAUUGCUAAUACUACCUGCUUUUGGAUAGAAUGUAAAGGAGAUAAGAGCUACUGUUCAGAUAAUUCAACACUUAGCAGUUGUCAUGUGGUGAACAGCACAAACUUUUGUUCUGAGCCCAGUCCAGUGCCAACAAAUUCUACAGCUAAAACCACAACUCUGCCUUCCUCUUCUACAACUUCCACCACAGUUACUACAUCGGGUACAACAAAUACCACUUUGACUCCAACCGCACAACCCGCACGGAAAUCUACCUUUGAUGCAGCCAGCUUCAUUGGAGGAAUUGUCCUUGUUUUGGGUGUGCAGGCUGUAAUUUUCUUUCUCUAUAAAUUCUGCAAAUCUAAAGAACGAAAUUACCACACUCUGUAAACAGACCCCUUAAAUUAAAAAGGACUGGCGAUUCAUUUGUGUAACUCACCGAAACCAAAAUAAUCUUUCAAGAUGUCCCACAUGGAAGACGCUAUUCCAGGAUCUUUAAAUUUCCAAUGGAUGCAUAUAGGAUAUUUUGGAGCAUCGUCCUUGAAGAAAAAUCAGUUUAAAUCAUUUUGUUCAACAAGAAUAUUUAAAAUAUUCUGCAUGAGUCCUUGUGGCUGUCUUCUUUUAUUUUAAAUGACUGCUGCUGUGGGAUUAUGUUUCUUUUCUUAACAUGCCAAAUGUAACUUUCUGUAAGUGAUGGAAAAUGUUGUCCUGUGUGACAACCUCAUGACUCUUGGCAGUUUAAAUUUAGUCGUUUUAAAGCCUGAAAGCUGCAUUAUUUUCAUCCUAACUCAAGAUGUAACUUAGUGACCCGAAUUGAGAAGAGUGUGCCAAAUGAGCAUGAAUCAGGUGGAUUUUUGGCUAUCAUUUCAAAGGUGGAAUAAAUUUAUAAAUUUAGUAGACUAAACUGUAUCCUUAGAGUAAAGUUCUAUGCUUGAUAACAGUUAUUUUUUCUACAUUAGAAAUAAGAUGCCACACAGGGAAUUACAUUCCAGAUUUAAAGAAAUGAAUGGAAAGGAUACAAACCAUUAGUGUAUAACAGGUUAUUGUUCAUACUUGUAAAGCACCUUAUAUUGUUGAGAAAAUAAAGAACAGUGCCUUAAAAGACAGACUGGAAAGGUAGGCUGGAAAUUUAAAUGUUGGUGAUUUGUUCUUAUUAACGAAGGUAAAGGUUGGUCUGAGGAUAUAACUUAAUGUGAACAGUAGUAAACCUGCUUUUAGAUAUCAUACUGCUAAUAUUUAAUUGAAAACUUACUUUGUUUCAGUGCUGAGAAACUUAAGCUAAGGGAUAUUAUACACAGUUGAAAGCCUUCAUAUAUUGAACCUCCCAACAUUUUUCUUAUGCCUGUUGCGAAGUAUAGAGAUAAAGUUGAUUUAAUUAUAUUUUCCUUUGUACUUCAAAAAAGUGUCCUAACACUAUUAUACUUUGAAACAAUUUCCACCAAGUUUUCUUGAAAAAUAAUUUCAUGAGGCAAGAAGGACAUAAGUUGUUUUAGAAUCAUUUACUGACUCUUUAAAUGAGACAAUCAUUUUAAGUUUAUAGACAGCAAAUGUGACCAAGGUAAUCUUAGAGGAUUUUUGGUUGAUCAGAUUACUGCAGAUUUUUAAUGAUAAUUGCCCUGGGUGAAUAGACUGCGUUUUCUCUUUUGCUUUCUCUCUCUCUAUCCCUCCCUCCCUUCUUGGUUUAAAUUCCCAUAGUAUGAUAAGCAUGCGUACUUUUAUUUUUAUAGUUUUCUUGCAGAGCACUAUUUUUUUCAGCUUUAGAGGCUUCUCCCUUGCUUUUGACAUAUUGGUUAGUUCAGAGGCUUUACUUAGUUUAAAAUGGGCUUUUGCUUUUCUAGGUCAUUAAGGGUUUUUUUGUUGUAGUUUUUUAGCCUAUAGUGGCUGAGUUUAGCACUUGGUUUUCAAUAUUUUAUAUUAGGAAAUGACAAAUUGCUUUGGUUUGUUUCAUAAACUGAAACUCCUUUCACUUAUUUAGAUAAUUUUAUUAAAGUCUCAAGAUGAAGAUUACUGUUCCUUUGUUACUUGCUGGUACAGUUAAAAUUUGUUUUACUUGCACAUUUGUACGUAUACCUAAUGUUUUCAAGUGCCUUAAUUGUUUAAAAUCUCUGGCUUCAAAGGUUUUUGGGAAAAGGUAGGUUUACCUCACAUUUGUGUUUUCACUAGUAGUAAUAAUCUAGGUACCUCACAAAAUUUAUUACGGUGCCAUGGCUGUUAGUUUUUAGUGAGUGAUAUAAGAUUAAUCUGAAAACAUACAGAAUUUCCAUUCCUCCCCAGGUGGCAAAAAUUAGCUACAGCAAUAUAAUUGUCAUUUGCCUGGAUGUGAAUUCCUUGCCACACAUUAAUGUCAACACAUGUAGCAAAUUCUGUGAAAAUGUAACUUGAUUUGAAGCUUCUGUAAUUUUGAGCACUGCUCUAACAGAAGCAUAAUAUGAAAUUAGAUUUUGCAAGUCUACAGACGAGCUCUUGCAACAGAACUCACAGCCUUUUCAAACUCUGUUCCCCCUUAAGUAAUGUAGUAUCUUGAGCCAUUAAUAAUUUUUGGGUUUUUUUAAUCCAGAAGGUAUAUAGAAACCGUUUCAGAUUUUUCAUCUGAUUUGUUCCUGCAGAUAUAGUUCUAUCAAGUAUCUUAUUUUACCUUACAGAUAUUUGUUGCACAGGCAAACACUGCUGUAUUUAGAAAUUUCUAUUUCAUGUUAUUACAAACUGCAAAACCAAUCUGUAUCAUGUACCAAACUGAUUUAAAAUAAAUCUACAUGUUUAUUGAA